CGGAGCAUGCGUCGUAGCGUUUCAUUCAGAAGGGGUGACGUUAGGUGCAUGAUCACAUGGUCAUCUAAUCAAGAUGGCGUCCGGGCAACAGUGGGUGUUAGUUGAGAUGGUACAGGCUUUCUACGAGGCGCCUGCGUACCACCUGAUCCUGGAGGGGAUCCUGAUCCUGUGGAUUGUGCGCCUGCUGUUCUCCAAGACCUACAAGCUGCAGGAGCGCUCCGACCUGACAGAGAAGGAGAAAGAGGAGCUUAUUGAAGAGUGGCAGCCAGAGCCCCUGGUCCCACCCGUGUCCAAGGACCACCCCUCCCUCAAUUAUGAUGUCGUCACUGGCCCUCCGAGCCACACCAUCGUCGUUAACGGGAAGGAGUGUGUCAACUUCGCCUCGUUUAACUUCCUGGGCCUGCUGGACCACGACAGAGUGAAGAAACAAGCUCUUGCGUCUCUGAAGAAGUAUGGUGUGGGCACCUGUGGGCCGAGAGGGUUCUACGGCACGUUCGACGUGCACCUGGAGCUGGAGGAGCGCCUGGCCAGGUUCAUGAGGACGGAGGAGGCCAUCAUCUACUCCUACGGCUUCGCCACCGUCGCCAGCGCCAUCCCCGCGUACUCCAAGAGGGGCGACAUCGUGUUCGUGGACGAGGCGGCCUGUUUCUCCAUCCAGAAGGGCCUGCAGGCCUCGCGCAGCUUCAUUAAGUACUUCAGACACAACGACAUGGAGGACCUGGAGCGGCUGCUCCGGGAGCAGGAGCUGGAGGACCAGAAGAAUCCGCGGAAAGCGCGCGUGACCCGGAGGUUCAUCGUGGUGGAGGGGCUGUACAUCAACACGGGAGACGUGUGCCCGCUCCCCGACCUGGUGAAGUUGAAGUACAGGUACAAGGUGCGGAUCUUUCUGGAAGAGAGCAUGUCCUUCGGCGUUCUGGGAGACCACGGACGCGGUGUCACGGAACACUUUGGAGUCGACAUCAAUGACAUCGACCUGAUCAGCGCUAACAUGGAGAACGCUGUGGCCUCUGUGGGCGGCUUCUGCUGCGGCCGGUCCUUCGUCAUCGACCAUCAGCGGCUCUCAGGACAGGGCUACUGCUUCUCGGCCUCCCUGCCCCCCAUGCUGGCCUCCGCUGCCAUCGAGGCCCUGAGCAUCAUGGAGGAGGACCCAGGGAUCUUCUCCGUCCUGAGAGAGAAAUGCAGCCGCGUCCACACAGCCCUGCAGGGGAUUCCGGGUCUGAAGCUGGUGGGAGACGCUCUCACUCCCGCGCUGCACCUGCAGCUGGAGAGGAGCUCUGGCUCCCGGGACACGGACGUCAAAACGCUGCGGAGGAUCGUGGAUUACUGUUUGGACCGCAAGGUGGCGCUGACCCAGGCCCGAUACCUGGACAAAGAGGAAAGGUUUCUCCCCCCGCCGACAAUUCGGGUGGUGGUGACGGUUGAGCAGACGGAGGAGGAGAUCGAGAGUGCUGCACGUUUGAUCCGGGAAGCAGCGCUCGCCGUCCUGGAGUAAUCUACCGGAGUGGAGCGGAAUAAACACUCAAAUAUCCACGGUUAUUCCCAAAGUAAGGGAACCACCGGAGGCCCUGGCCAUUCACUACGGGGAGGGGACCGCCUUCCUGUCUGCAAACGGGGGGGUGGGGGUAAAAUGUGUUUGAUACUUGAAGCAAGACGUCCGUUAGCGUAGCCUACUACAACCAAUGUAACAAGAGGAACGUAAUUGUUGCACCUGUGUUUAUUUUUGUUUCUUUGUCGUUCGUGUUUGUGUCCAAUAACGGUAUAAAAACGAUGUCGCAGCGGCCGUUGUUCUCUAACCCGUAUCCGAAUAAACGGGGAUGUGUGAAAAUGUGCAGGCUUCACUUCCCGUUUGAUUACGUGUGACCCACUGAAAGUCACCUCUGUUGCAUUCAGUCCGCGGUCAUAUCAGCUCAAACAUGUUCAAAACACGCUAAUUUACUAGUUUUAUAUAUAGAAUGACUUUUAUAAAUAUAUAUUGUUCGAGCUGACAUUUCUUUGCUAAGUUAUUUUUGUCUUAUUUAGUACAGGAACCAAAUUGCUUGUGUACAUUUUCUUUCUUCUCUUUGGACCAAAGUUAAGAUUUCAAAACAUUCUUGCACUGUUCAUGCACACAUUGUACUAUUUUUCUAAUAAAUUGCUAUUACGUAAAGGAAACAUACUUUAGAAAAUUAUGAGUCAAAUAUUUAUGGUAUUUGUGUGUUCAUUCACCCACCCUGUACUAUGUGCUAAAGCAUAAAUCUGACUGGUUUUCCUUCUACUGAAGUAAGUGAGGGGGGAUUUUUCAAGCAUUAUAUUUUCUAUCAUGUUAAAUAGAUUCUCAGUACAUUGUGCACAGCGUUUUACCUGAAAGCUUUAAUGUUUUGUAAAUGAUUGGUUGCAGAACUUUAAUUUAACAGGUUAUUUCACGAUGGGGUGAAAUAACACUCAAAAUGUACUCUGAUUGUAGGCCUAUUCUAUUACAACUGAAUACUGAGUUAUAGAGUGGAAAAAGGUAGUGCAUUUGCACGAGUGUUUAUCCUGUAGUGCACAUCCAUCUGAAUGGCCUUUUGCAUAUCCUCGUUUUGGUUUUUUAAACUUGAUUGCAAAUUGCUUUUGUACAGAACAGUGUGACGUUUUUCUUCAACACCUCGAUCUACAGUUCAUGACGUGCCUUUUGUGUUGCUACAGAGUUGACUGUAUGGUUUAAACAGCCACUGUUUUAAAUAAUAUUAAUAAAAUAAAAUGGGUA